UAAUAUAGUUUAACGUGCCAGUGUUGUGUUCACUAAUUUACCAAACAGCUUUUACAAAAAUUUUAGUAUAGAGAGAAUCAAAUAAAACUGUGUAAAACUAGAUUUUUGGAACCCAAAUUCUAGUUGUUUCCUCUGCCAUGCAAGUUGACUCAGUCGUAGUUACUAAGAGCUAAAAUAACAUUGCAAACUACAUUUCCCAUAAUUCAUUCGAAUCAGGAACUCACGCUACCAGCCAAUCAGCAGUCAGGAUUCCUGCACAUGGCCGUCUAGGUCAACUGGACCUGAGUGGGGUCUUGUGAGCGAAAUAUUAGUGCUUUAAAAAGUCAUUAUGAAGAAGUCUGAUCUUAUACAGUUUCCAUCUGAGAUAUUAUUCUACAUUUCGCGAUUCUAAACACCCUAAACGCCAGAAGACGCUCAGCUUCCCAAAGGAGAUCAGGAAGUCAUCAUCAGCUGUCAAUGAUGUCCAUGUUCAGCACUGGUAUCCUGGUCCUUACAUCUCCCUUACACGUACUUCCUCUCCGCAUAGCGCCUGUCCUCACCUCUGCGGCACAAGUGGUGGAGCGUACACUUUAUGUCCAUCUCCACCCCGGUCUCAACCUGGGCCCAGGUGGACUGGCGCGGCCCGUCUACAUCCCACCCGUGGUGGAUCUUUGCAGCCUCAUCUCCCGCCUUUACAGCAACGCAGCCGAUAUUUGCGGGCACCUUGACGUCAGGGUCUUGCUUACUAACGUCCGUGCCCAAUCUGGAGUCUCUUCGGCAGGGUCGGUUGGAACCAACAGCCCAUUUCCCUACCCACAGACACUGUCCCACUCACCUGAAGUGGUGUUGACAGACUUCCACAUCCAAGAUCCCGGACAGUCAUCACUAGUCACCCAGUGCUUGCAGAAGUACACGGGUCACUGCUACGUCUGCACGCCCAGGCUCUCAUCCAUCCUUCUGGACCCAAAUCUAGAAGAGGUUUGCAGUGAGGAGGAUAAUGAGAGAGGAAGACAAACACAAUCAGAAUCCUUAGAGACGUUCAGUGAUGUUGUGGUGGGUGGCACUUUUGACCGUCUACAUGGUGCCCACAGGACCCUGUUGAAUAUUUCCUGUCUGCUGGCCAAUAGACGCUUUCUAAUUGGCGUGUGUGACCAGGAACUAUUGAAAAAUAAGGUCUUGAAGGAGUUGAUAGAACCAUACGAUAUUCGAGUACAGAAGCUACAGGAGUUUCUGAACGAUGUCAAACCAUCUCUCAAGUAUGAAAUCGUUCCUCUCUCGGAUCCCUUCGGCCCCUCUAUCAGCGACCCUGAGCUGCAGUGUAUUGUGGUCAGUGAGGAGACGAAGAAAGGGGGUGAAGCUGUCAACCGAAGGCGUGUGGAAAAUAAAUUGGCAGAGUUGGUUCUGUAUGAGAUCCAGCUUUUGAAAGACGCCCAUCGCGCUGACAUCGAGGAAGAGAAGAUCAGUUCUUCCAGCCUAAGAACGAGAUUACUGGGCACACUGCUCAAACCUCUUGCUCCUCGGUCUGAUCUCUCUCUGGAUCCAUAUGUGAUCGGUCUGACGGGUGGCAGUGGAUCGGGGAAGAGCUCUAUAGCUCGCAGACUGGAGGGGCUCGGUGCUGUAUGGAUCGACUGCGAUCAGCUGGGUCAUGAGGCUUACCUACUGGGCACAUCUGUAUACCACAAAGUCCUGCAGGAGUUUGGCCCAGAUAUCCUUAACGAGGAUAAAACCAUUAACAGACGAGUACUGGGUGGGAAGGUAUUUGGGAAUCAGGAACGUUUGAAAGCUCUGACAGAUAUAGUGUGGCCUGAGAUCGCCCUGCUGGUGAAGAAUAAAAUAGAACAAGCAAAAGUACAAGGUAAACAUGUUUGUGUUGUGGACGCGGCCGUGUUGCUCGAGGCUGGGUGGACACAUUUGGUGCAUGAGGUUUGGGUGGCCACCAUCCCAGAGGAAGAAGCAGUGAAGCGUAUAGUCCAGCGUGAUGGUGUAGAGGAGGAGGUCGCCAUGAGGAGACUGAAGAGCCAGUGGCCCAAUGCCAAGCUGAUAGAACAUGCCAAUGUAGUGCUGUGCACACUAUGGGAACCUGAUGUCACUCAGAGAGAAGUAUUGAAAGCCUGGACUCUUUUACAACAGCGGAUACAGCAGAGAAGACGAGAGGAAAUCAGUUCUUCAUCCUGAUCACACAGAUCCACACACAAACGCAAGGCUCAGAGUCACUUCCAAUUCAUAAGAACAUGACUAGAUCUCAUUUUCAAAAUGUAGCUAAAUAUUAACACCAGACUGUUUUUCUUAGUUGAUCAUUUGAUUAGCAUCAUCAAGUGAUCGCUUUUAAA